AUGCCCUUCGUCGAAGCAGCCAAAGACAUGAUCGGAGCAGCUGCCGCAGAUGCAAACACGCACGAAGAUGCUCCCAAUACAAUCAUUUCGCUUUCAUGGGCGUUUCUGAUCAUCCCGUGCAUAUUUCUUGUCGUCGUUUUUGCGUGGAUCAUGUACCAUUUCAGCGAACCUUCGGAGUUUGCGCCGACGAACGGUCUCGGUCAUGCCGAGCACGAUGCAGACGACCACGAUGAUCAGAGCAACGACGAAAAGCAGCAGCUGCUCGACGCUUUCAAAGAAUCACAGUCCCACUCUACGCAUAGCAUCACAGAAACGGAGGCCUCGAGCUCGUCUUGGAAGAUCAACAGCAAGUUCAGCACAACUUCCAGAGGCGGCUCGGUCUACUCCUCCUAUCCGGAUUCUAAUGGCAUCUACACGCAUACCUCCGAGGGCUUCAUUUCACCAUCAAAGUCAAACCAAUCCGGCCUUAAUCUAGACGCCAAACCCAACAGACCCGUCGGAAGCAAAGCCGCGAAGGUGCUGGCCCUCAACCGCGAGCGCAUGAUGCAGGAUCUCGACAUCCUCGACCCUAUCGAUCGAGACCAACUACGCCGAUCAUCCUCCCGUGCCAGCGACACUCGCAAAGCCGACUGA